UUGGUUAACAGGUAAACCAGCAUGGUGAAAUUUGUAAAUAAAGGAUUAAAACAGUGUAAACAUGCGGAAAAUACAAGAAAAUAAGCAAUAAUAUGGAUAAAAUUUAAUGUGUGAAUUAUGAAAAAGAGAAAAAAAUGGAGAAAUAUGCAAAUUACAGUUCAUCAACAUUGGAAGAAAUGCUUGCAGCCUGCAAGGACUUUAAAGAAAGGCAUCACAUUAGAAGUGCUUUACGGGAAAUAAAGGGGCUUAAACAUGAUGGUUCUGACCUAAUUACCUACUCAUUUGGGUCAAGGACCCUGAAAAAUAGUUCCUCAGAAACCUCUCCCAGAAAACACCAGCUGCUGCUGAACCAAAGUGCAAAAGAUAACAGAUCAAAUGACAGUAGAACUUAUCCAAAAAAAGAAAAAGAUUUUAAAAUCAGUAGUGAUGCAAAACCUUUAGGAGAAAAUGCAAUAAAAUUUAAUAAUAAACUUGAUGAGAAUGGAAUUGAGAAACCACAUUUUAGGAGUUACUUAUAUGCUGGAACUUUAAACUCCCCAAGAAAUUCAACAUCUUCAAAUUCUCCUAAAAAUUCUCCCAGAGGAAAAAAAGAUUCUAAAAGUCCAAGAAAGGUUCAUACUGCUAUAACUAGAGUAAAAGUGUUGGAUAAGUUUGAACUAGUAGAUAAAUGUACUGAAACUGCUGAAGGAGUUAUUGAUUCAAAAGCUGAAACUAAAGUAUUGAAAAGUGUUAAAGAUAAAAUAAAAACAAGUGAUAGGAAAGAGAGAAUCAAAAGAUAUGAGAGUACUCCUUUACCUCAGAAAGAAAGAAAAGAAAAUGGGGAGGAAUGGUUUAAAAGUGGUAAAGAGGUGCUAAAUAGUGAUAAGGAGGGGCCUAAAGGUGAUAAUGAGGAACUGGAUAUAAGUGCAAUAGAAUUCAGUGGAGAUUUAGAAAAAGUGAAAUUAACCUCAGUAUUACAUAGGCCAGUAAGUGUGAAUUCAUCUAGUCUCUAUGGUAACCAUUCAAGGUCACCAAGGUCACCGACAUCCCCUGUUAUAUCAUCACCAAGAAAACCAAGGAAGAUUGUUAGUUAUAGAACUAGUGCUUUUUCUCCUACCAGUAAAUUAAGUCCUGUAAGCUCAACAAUAUCAAGAGCAAGAUUAAGAAGUGCUCCUCCAAUUAGCAACAAAUCUAGUGAUAGUGUAGAAUCAAAUAAUUCUCUGGAAAGGAAAAUUCCAUUGGAUGAUUUAUCUUGUAAUUAUACUAAACCUAAGGAAUUAAAAGUAGUGGAAGAAGAUGAAAGAAAUAUCAAUACUAAAAUAGUGAAAACAAGUGCAAUUCAAGGCAAUUCUGAAAGAGUACCUGGACUUGGACUUGGAAAUGUAAGUUCUGGUAAUACUGAAAAACUAACUGAUACUCAAGAACGAAUUUUCAUUGCAAAGCCAAUUGAGAUUAAAAGAGAAGAAGACCAGAAUUUAGUGGUUAGGUUAAGAAAUAAAUUGAAUUCAAAACAGAAUACAGAUUUAAAGAGUGAAAUUCUAGAAUUAAACUAUUUUACAAACAAAAUGAAAGAAAAACAUGGAAGAAAGAAUAAAACUGAGGAUAACUUUAUUGUAUUGUCACCAUUAAAAGAUAAUGAUCCUUAUCAUGAAGUUGGGGAGAAUGAGGUCGAGUGUGAUGCAAAUGUGAUUUCCAAUUACACUAAUAAUAAAGCUAAGACAAUGGAAGAGGCUGUUGAUAAUGAUUUGGUAAAGAAAAAACCUGGCCUGUCUAGAAAGAACAGGAUAGAUUCAGAUGAGCAUAAGCAUUAUCAAAAGUAUCGAAAAAAGAAAAAAGAAGCACAAGAGGAACGUGAUACAUGCACAAUUAAGAAUAGUAGAAGUGAUGAAAAAAGGAGUGUAGUAACAGAGUUUAGUCCAAGGAAGGCUGGUAAAAGUGGGUCAGUGAGGAGAAAGUUGCCGGAAAUACCGGUAAAACAUGACAAUGAACAUGAAGAUGAUGAAACUGUUCAUCAGCGAACUAUUCGACUUCUUCAGGAAAGAAGGAAGGAAAGGCGAGGGAAAAUAGCCAUUGAGAAAGAGGUAACAGAAAAACUUGAUAAAUCUAAAAUGAGUCCUGCUGAUUUUAAAAAGACAUUAGAGCAAAAAUUGGAGAGGUCAGACUCAAAGCGUAAAGCUAACAGAGUGCGACGUGAACUUCAGUUGUUGAAUAGAGAAAGUGAACUGAAGUCUGCAUCUGGUAAUAAAUCUGAUGAUGAUACUGUUUCAAGUAGUGAUAAAACAGACAAUGAAAUUAGUGCUAUACUUAAUAGUAAGGGAACAGAUAAGUCUAUUAAAGACAACAAAAAACCUGUACAAAGGUCUAAAUCAGAUAUUGUGAGACGUCGAAGAGCAGUCAGUGAGACUGAUGCAUUGGUUAAUGAAGUUGAUAAUAAUGUAGACCAGGAUCAUGCAGAGACGGAGAAAAAUGUGCUCGCCAUGUUUGAAGUAGAUGAGCCGUUAACUCCAAUGGGGAAAAUUGAACUGAUUGGAACCUUGAUGCAAGAGGAGGCAAGGCUACAGGAAAUGCUGCGGAAAAGUACAAAUUUCAGCGAGAAAAGAAAAAUGAGGGCUGAAGUUCGCCUCCUGAGACAGAGAAGAAUGGAACAGUCUAGUGGAACAAAAGACAUAACUUUAGAAGGAACGUCUGAUCAACCUAGAUUUACCUCCCUUAGAAGAUCAGCGUCUGUGACGGCAGGGGUUGUAACUCAUGCUACUCCAGUAUUCAUUACCGCAUGCGAGGACACAAAUAAGAAAAGACCCAAUGAAGAUAACAGCCAAUCCAAUAUUGAAGAGUUAAGAAAAAAGUUGGGAGAGACUCAAGAUUAUGAUGAGAAAAAGAAAAUACGUCUUGCUUUGAGACAACUACGUCAACAAAAUAGAGAGGGUCCACCAUCUGGUCUCCAAAGAAGCCAAAGUUUUAUCCUUCAAAGAUCAUCAGAACCAGUUGUGAAUGGUGACGGUCAUGGUAAGUCCAAUGCACUACGUAGCCAAAGUGUCACAGGAAAACAUGAUACAGAUAAGACUAAUGGACAGGUGCAUGCCAAGUCUCAGGGAACUGUAACAAAUGGAGAUGUUGUGCAUAAUAAAAAUGAAGUUUUAAAACGGUCAGAAGUUGACUCUGGGGAACAUAUUGUUGCCAAACCUGUUCAAAGACAUUCAAGUUUUAACGCUGGUAGAUGGAAAGAAAGUGAAAAGCUAUCUGAAGAAGUGACUAAUAAUUUGAAGAAUUUACGUGAAUCUGUUUUUCAAAACAAAGCAGCGUGUGAGUCAGGACUUUUAAAAAGAAGUACAUCUCAGGUAUCAAAUGUUCAAGAUAUUACUGAAUCAAAUGGUAGGUUGAGGCAUUCUGAAAGUGACAGAAUUAGAAAGAAAAGUGGAGACACAGAUAUCAUCAAUACAGUGCCAAAUGAUAAAUGUGAUAAUUCUCAGAGAUCUUUUAAAAGGAGCUCUAGUAAUGAAUCAGGAAAGGAAAGUUCACAAAAUAAAACUGGUGUAUCUCUAAGUGAUUCAAAGAAACCUGUGGAUUUUCUUAAAGAAACUGUUACUAAACUAGAAAAUCAGAAAAAGAACCGUAUUCUUGAAAAAUGUGAGAUUUUUGAAAAAGCAGAUAAAAAGAAGAGUGUUAAUGAAGUAAAACCUUCGAAUAGAAAGGAAGAGAUUAAUAAUGACAAAGGUAAAUCAAAAGGUCAUCAUAUUCUUGUGUCAAGAGCAGAUGUUGAGAGGAAUAAACAGAGUAAGCUUGUGAACCUUAGACGAGACAGAAGCAAUUCUGAACCACAUAUUAAGUCAGUGAGUUCAGGUACAAGUUCUAAAAAGAAUAAACCAGAUGUUAUUGAUAAGACUAAUAAAUGUGAGUCAGACAAUUCUAAUGUUACUACAGUGAAGAGUUCAGAAAGAUCUCUUGUUGAAGAGGUUGUUGAUGGUAAUACUGAGUUAGACGUUAAAAUUGGAAACAAAGUAAGUGAUUCGAAUAAUCAUUUGACUGCUUCACCUGAAAACGAUACCAGACUGAGUCCAAGCUUGUUGUGGUUAGAAGAAAAAAGAAAAUCACUCCCUUUGUUAAAAGACAUAGAUAAGUUCAUGUCAACAAUGGAUAUUGAAGCAGCAUUUUCUGAGAUUCUUGGUGCAGUUGAGGAGUUUCCGGAGCAGAACGAAGUCUCUGAUGUUCUGACAACUGAUGGUCCAAUAUUAGAGGAAGAAAAUUGUGACUCUUCAGAAUUGGAGGAAGACUCUAAAGGAAGUUUUUCUAACGAUAUUAGUGGGGAUAAUGAAAUAGCAGUAGAUGUGAAAAAGGAAACAAUUAACAAUGAGAUUAAUGAUAAGGUUGAGGAAGUAGAAAAAGGCGAUGGUGAAAAUGACGGAAGCAGUGCAAUACAGCAAUCUUCAGGAAUUAAAAAAUCACAAGCAAAAAUUGAGCUAAGCAGCAAUUUGUCUCUGGAUUUAACAGCAAAGACAGACGAUCAUGGUGCAAUAUCAGUUAUACAUGGAGACGACGGAACAGUCACUGUACAGGAAGUCAGUCAGGUGCAGGAGGGAGACACGACCAUAACCGAGUGGAAGAAACUCCGCAGAACUCAAAGUCGUACAGAGACCCGUGAAACUGACACUGUUGUUGAGAAGAAAAUUACCUCCCCUGGUGGUAGUUCUUCUGUGUAUGAAAAAGAUGUGUCGAAAACAAAACAUAAACUAACAUCCCGAGGGUCAAAUUACUUUACACGCAAUAAUUACAACAUUAAACGUAAGAAGGACCUGGAUGGAACAGAAUUGGUUGAACAUGACCUGAGCUCUGUCACAGAAAAUAUGUCUGUUACUAAAAAUGAAACAUGGGGAGAUAAGUCUGAGGCAAAGGUCGUUCUAAGCCGUGAACAAGCAGAUGACUCUGAAUUGCAAAUAAAAUCAAUUCAAGAUUCCAUGGAAGGUUCUGAUAUUGACAAGAAGCCGGAAGAUAAAAUAAUAUUAAAACGGGGUCCAUCUCUGUGUGAAGAUACAGUCUCCAGUCAUGUAGAUGCUGUCCAUAAACAUUUGGGAAGACCUUUAGGUUGUCCAGAAGUUAAAGCAACAUUAAAAGAGACUUCUGCUCUUGAAGGGGAGGCAAUUUUGUUAAACUGCACUGUAGUUAGCUCCCCUGCACCUACUAUAGUAUGGUAUAGGGGAGAUAAUCGUCUGUAUGAUGGAGUGGACGGUGUCCGGCUUGAGUUUAAUGAGGAAACCGGUGAUGCCAGUCUAAAAAUCCAUCCAGUCUCAUUAAAAGAUGCUGGGGAAUACAAAUGUGUUUUUGAAAACUCAUUAGGUACUGCCACAACCAAAGGGAGGUUACUGGUGAAAAGGAAGAGUUCUGGUGUGCCAUCUUUUAUGAGCGAGUUAACAGAUGUCACAAUCAACGAAGGUAACUCACUUUGCCUGGAAUGUCAGUUGUCGGAUACUGAUGUAGUCACAUGGUCGAAAGACGGGAUUACUCUUCUUAGUAACGCAGAUUUUAAACAGACAUUUGAUGGAACGAAGGCCAGGCUAGAAAUUGCCGAAGUGUUUCUGGACGAUUGUGGCAUAUACACAUGUACAAUAAAGAAUUCAACAGGAGACAAAAAGUGUUCAUGCACGGUUACUGUAAAAGAGUCUGAAAGCCCUGAUGUAGUUUACCCUAUAUUCCUGAAAAAACCCGAAACAACCAUUGCUAAUGAGCGUGACCCAGUUAUCAUUGACUGUGAGGUUAUUGGGUCACCAGAGGUCAAUGUUACCUGGUACCAUAAUGGGUCAAAGGUCAAAGAGGAUGCUUAUCAUAGGACAUCUUAUGAUGGAAGGGUAGCCAUGUUGGUUGUACGAAAAGUUUCUCCUAAAGAUGGCGGCAAAAUUGAGUGUGUGGCUGAAAACAGUUCCGGGAAAGUGUCAGCAGAAUGUCGUCUAGUUAUCCAAGCACUGAAGUCAGCACCUUCUGUGAUUGAAGAGCUAUUUGACGUUACUGUCAUCAGUGGUAAGAAAGCUACCCUAAAAUGUCUCAUCAAUGGUGAGCCCAAACCAGAGAUAACUUGGAGGAAAAAUGGACUAGUUAUUGGACAGACAUUGGAUUUCAAGCAAACACAGAAUGAAGAUGUUGUUGAACUGGAGAUUGCAGAAACAUGCAUUAAAGACACUGGUUGUUAUGAAUGUAUGGCAAGAAAUGAGAAAGGGGAAGUAACUACCUCGUGUCAGCUUACUGUCCAAGAUGACAGUUUACAAGCAGAGAAAACUGUGACAGCUGAGGUUGACAAACAGCAUGCUACUGUUCAGGAGGAGAAAACUCAGACUGCAUCUCUAAAAACAUUCACAUCAAAAUUUGUUCCGAACAUUGACAGUGAACAAGUAAAUGCAGCUAAAUCCCAGGCAUCGAAAGUGAUGCUUGUACGUCAAGGAAGUCUACGUUCAUUACGACAAGAAAAAUCUGACAAGCCCCUGGUUCGUACAGGCAGUUUUCAGUCCAUAGAUACAGUCAUUAAAAAUGGUGAAUCAAAGAAAUUUGAAGAUAUGGAGAAGGUUGAUAAGAGUCCUAGGGUUGUGGAUAAGUCUGUAUCUGAUAGGCAGUCUGAAGAAAAUGUGGAGAAAGUCACUGUUAAGGAAGUACCAAAAGUAGAGGUUGAUGUUAAUAAGAACUAUGCUGGAAAAUUAAACGCAAAUCUUGCAGACAAAAUUAAAAAUGAUAUUGAUGUUAAACCACAUUCCAGAGAUAUUGACAAUAAUGUUAAAACAGUAAAUGCAGGGUCUGGUUUAAGUUCACUGUGUUUAGAAAGUUCAAACGUAAAAGAAGUAAAACCUCUUGCGAAAUUCCGUGCCGGCGGAGAGAUUCGUCGGUCUCAGAGUGUUCGCUCUGCCGGUAGUGAAAAACCAGAGUGGCUUCAAGUGAAAUUAAGAAAAGUUGGAAGUAAGCCAAGUCCCUUAGCAAUGGAAAGAGAAAAAUCCAUAACUCCAUCUCAGGACAGUUCAAAUCAAGAAACAGUUGUUCAAAAUGAAAUACCAGUAAGUGUUCAAAGAGAAGUUAAGCUUUCAAGGAGUCAGAGUGCAAGAAUAGUUGACCGAAACACCUCAUUAGCUCUUAGAGAUUCAACAAAUUCCCCGUCCAGUCAAACUAACCGAGAUUCUACAAAGUUGACACCUGUGUCAGAGAGGGCAAAGAUUUUUCAAAUGAGAGAUUCAAGCUCCAGUGGUAGUUCUUCCGGGAAAUCCAGUCCAGUUGAUAUAAUUUCGAAGGCAAUAAAUCUGAGUCGGACAGAGAGUUUGCGGUCUCCUUUAGGAAACAGAUCGCUGGGUGUACAGCGUAGCCAGAGUUUCAAGACUGUGUCACCCUCACCUAGUCCAGGGGAUGUUACUCUAGAGCUUACUCCUCAGAAUGCUAAGAAGGAAGAGGAGAAGACCGCCUGUGGUUCAAGUCGUAAAUUUGUCCAGUACUGGGACCCUUCUGCCCCCUCCACAUCUAACAUGGACUAUUCCACCAUCACAGACGAGGAAAAAUUGAAUGACCUGUUGAGCAAGUCAGACAAUUUUGAUGAGAGGAAAAAGAUCCGAGCUCGCAUAAAAGAAGUUAGAGACCAACAUAUGAAAGAAUGGGAGGCAAAGCGAGCUGCGAGACAUGUGGAGACAGAAGAUCCCAUCAAGAGAAAACAUCGGGAGGCCGACCUUAUGAAGCAGAAAAAAAUGGAACAGUUCCAGAAACAAGCAGCCGACCAUCACGAGUCUAAACACCUUGAUUUGGCUGAACAGCAGCUUCGUGAGAGGAUGAAACUGGCCGAUGAACAGAAGAAAAAAACUAUGCAGGAAUUUUCUGGACGCGCUGCUACUCACCAGGAUUCUGCACAUUUAGAUAUUUCUGAGCGUGCUCUUCAAGAGAAAAUAAAGCAGGCUGAUUUAUUAAAGAAGAAGACAUUGGAAUCAUAUGACCAAGCAGCCGGGAAGACUGGUAUGUCACAAACGUCAACGGUGAAAACUGAAGUAACAAGAGAUGGUAAGACUGUAACGACAACACGGAAAGUAGAAACUGUGACAAAAGUGGGUGGAGCUUCUAAACCUUCAGAAGAUCAAUUGGCUCAGCAAAUAAUUAAAGCUGCUGGAAGUGUGAGUGGUGUUCUAACGGUGAAAACGGAGUCGUGGAGCAGUAAAGACAACGUGACACAUACAUCGGAGAAAACCGAGACGUGGGGAGGUAGAGGUGGUGCUAUGAAUGCUUUCAAGGCCAUGGAUGCCAAAAAUGCCCCCAAAACAAAUCCCCUAGUAGCGUACACUUUUGCUAAGAGAGCUGCCAACACGUUCAAGAGAAAUGCGGUCAGCAUUAAACAGGAUGUGCUGAAUUUCGUGAAGAUCAACACUGCUGAAUAUAGCGAGAUUAUUGAGAUUACAAAUUUCUCGACAUCAUGGAACAAUGGUAUUGCUUUCUGUGCGCUAAUCCACCAUUUCUACCCAGAUGCCUUCGAUAUUCAUUCUCUGGAUCCAAAACAAAGACGAAAGAAUUUUGAACUUGCCUUUGACACAGCUGAGAAACUGGCUGAUAUUGCACCAUUAUUGGAUGUUGAAGACAUGGUACGCAUGCAGAAACCAGACUGGAAAUGUGUGUUCACAUAUGUUCAGAGUUUUUAUAGAAAAUUAAAUUCACAUGAGAGAAAUAAGGCUGUAGCCUAAGACAUUAGAAGUAUGGAGUAACGAUUGGGGGAAAGUUAAGUAUUUGGGGAAGUCUUUCUGAACAAUCCCUUCAAAUAUCUGUAUUAAAUUUUAUCUCCUAAAAGUCUGCGAAUCCUGCAUUUAUACUGCGUGUUAGAUCCAGUCACAUUCAUUCUAGGACAAUAUUUGUGCUAUGCCUUCUUGUACUUUAUGAACAAAAGUGAGUUAGACAGGACUUCAGCUGCCAGCUUUGAUGUUUCAUAGUUCAAAGUUUCUCAGUGGAAUAUACUUAACAAAAUAAAUCUUGUUCAAAACAAUGGUGCUGUUUAGUAAAUUUCAGGGGAAAUAUGACAAUAAUAUAAUGAUAAAGUUCAUUCUAUACUGAUAAAGUUGUUCUAGAUACAUGUGUUUUCUGUAUAAGAAAUGAUGUAUCAGGUUCCUUGUUUCUUAGUUAUUUGAAUUUGAAAACCAAUGAUUGAAUUGUACUCUCCCAUUGGUCGAUGUCAAAAUUGUGUCUGGAAUCAACCAAUCAAAUUUGAAGUUUUUUAAAUCCAAUAAUUGUUUUUAGUUUACAAAGCUGUUAUCAUUUUUUUUUUCAUGGAAAAGCUGUUUGCAAUCAUUAUUGUACCCAAAUUUGUUAAUGCCAAAAAAGCAUAGAUGCCCUAUCAAGAAUAGGUUGAAAAAAGAUUCAAAUUAACAUUUUUUAUUAUUAUUUGAAAGUGGACAUAUUUUAAGAUGAGUAUUUGUUUUAAACAUCAUAGAUAUGUAUUGUGCCAUUUACAUACACAUGUAGUAAAUUUUUAACUGAAAGUUUAAAGUUAACUGUGGCAUUUUAGACAUCGAGAUAACUCCCUUGUGUUUGGUAAUUUUGGGAACGGAAAGUUUUAUUGCUUUUUGUAUUAUGUAUUCAAUAAAUUGUGCUAUAAUUUUAGAAAUAUUCAGGUAAAGUUUUAAAUAGAAAACCAUCUAUGCAAUAUAUGUAUGCAUUUUAUUCUUUUCAUAUUUUCCCAAAUACGGUAUCAUUAGCAGUGAUGGAACUCUAUAAAAAUUAUUGUGUUAUUUAAAGUAUAUUUUUGUUGAAAACCAGUAUAAGGAGAUUGUGUUCUUAAAUAUUUUGUUUACUUCGGUUCUUAAACUUGACUGCCUUUACUCUUAUAAACUAUGCAUUUACUUUUAUCGUAUCUGAUAAUUAUGUAAAUACAUGUAUAUGGAAAAUAAUUGGGAUAGAAAAUAAGAUGUGUGACAACAUUUUUUUCUUGAUUAUUACACUUAAUUAAGUAAAUGGUGUUUACUGCAAUAAAUAUUAUCUGCAAUUUCUUCUUGUCCAUCCCUCGUUUUCUGCAAUUAUCUUUGCUGUUGCAAGAAAACAAGGCUGUGUUACAGUGGGCGGAGAUAAGAGGUGGUGACAUGGGCGGGAUUUGUCUGUUUGCUCCGCCCUCAGGAUCUUAAAAGCUUCCAUAUUUUAUAAGGAAAGACUCUCCAUUUGACUUGCUUGUUUUUUACUAUAUUAUCUCAUGAUGCCAAAUUGAAGUCUAAAUGCAAAACUAUUGUUCAAUCUUUAAGCAGAACUUUUUGUUCCAUAAACUAUUAUGACCUCUGAUAGGAAGAGCAGAAAAAGUAGGACGUAACCAAGAAUGUUUAGUGAGCCCGCCUUAAUACAAAACAUUAAACAAAAUAAUUCCAAACCAAACCAAAAUAUCCGAUAUAAAUUUGAUGUAUUAUGUUGAGUUGUUCUGUGGAAAAGAAAUGUUGCACUAUGCUUUUGCAUUUAUUCUUCAAAAAUUAUUUUUAUUUUAAAAAUUUUUGUGUGAUGCAAUGUAUGUACAUGUAUAUGUUAAAGCUGUAUAGAUAAAAAAGAGAUUAUUUUCGAGUUAUUUUUUUUUCUGCCAUCGCAUGUUGAUUUGUUAAUAUUAGGAUAUUGUUAUAGUAGAAUAUUGUUAUGUAUAUUUAUUUGUAGAAAAAAGGUGUUUUUUUAUAAUAUAUAUAUAUGAAAAUGUUGAAAACUUAUUUUAUUUGCUGUCUAUUUCUUACAAUUAUACAAUAGUUCUAUAGGCCCCAAUAAAUGCCCUAAGGUCAUUUACAGAUUUCCACUGGGGUUUGUGCUUAUAGAACCACCCUUGUGUGCCUUUGUCUUAACUUUCUGGCAUUUUAUAAAAACCCAACUGAACUUGUAAGUUAUUAAGCCUGAAACUUCAGCCCUUAACCUCGAUAGUUAUGGUAGCUGAUUUUUUGAGAGAUGGUGCACUAAUAAGAAUAAGUACGGUUAUGUACAAGAAAUACUUUUUGUACAUUAUAAUUAUGAUAUUUAUUCAUUUUUUUAUUUAAAGCAUAAUUGAUAUGGUACAAAGUUUUAAAACUAAACAAAUAUAAUUUUAUAUCCAGCAAUUAAAGAUUUUAAUGAUAAUUUAUCUAUCUUGCAUUUAACAUUUUUUACCUACCUUUUUUUACUAUAAUAUUAAAACAUGCACAUAAUUAUAUGCAAACAUUUUUUUUAUGUAUCUUUAAUGAAUUUUAAUAAAACUUUGUUGUUUUUAUUAUUUUUAUAGUGGAAUUAUAUUUUAGUAUUCAAUAUAAUCUUUAAUACAAUUUUACUUCUUUAGGUUUAUUUUUUUUCUCUACCUAAACCCUGCGGUAA